AUGGGUUCCUGCAAGCCCAGAGGUCUCCAGGCCGCGCGUAAGCUCCGAACCGACCGUCGAGCAAACCGAUGGGCCGACAAGAACUACAAGAAGAGGGCGCUCGGCAAGUUCUACAAGACUUCGCCUACUGGUGGAUCUUCGCACGCCAAGGGGAUUGUGCUGGAGAAGGUCGGUGUUGAGGCCAAGCAGCCCAACUCUGCCAUCCGGAAGUGUGUCCGUGUCCAGUUGAUCAAGAACGGCAAGAAGGUCACUGCCUUCGUCCCCAAUGACGGUUGUCUCAACUUCACCGACGAGAACGACGAGGUCCUGAUUUCCGGUUUCGGUCGUCGAGGAAAGGCAAAGGGAGAUAUCCCAGGUGUGCGGUUCAAGGUGGUCAAGGUUUCGGGUGUCGGUCUUUUGGCUCUCUGGAAGGAGAAGAAGGAGAAGCCUCGGUCGUAG